GCAAAGAAACUUUUCAGAAGAAGUGGCAUAUGCAGCUGACGAUGAAACUGUCCUUGUAAAGUGUAGCCGUCCUGGUCAUGCAUCAAUAAACAAGACUUUUCAGUUUGAAAGAGUUUACAGUGCUUCAGAGACUCAAGACACAGUAUUUGCGGAUGUGGCCCCUUUGCUAACAUCUCUCCUGGAUGGGUACAAUGUGUGCAUCAUGGCUUAUGGGCAAACCGGAAGUGGGAAGACAUACACAAUGUUGGGACCGCAGCCAGAGGAGAACUUUGUGUUUGCCAUAGAAGAUGAAUCAGAACUUGGAAUUAUUCCUCGAGCUACCCAAGAAGUGUUCAGGCUUAUUUCAGAAAAGCCACCAGGAAGUUACUGGGUUGAGGUUUCUGUUGUAGAAGUGUAUAAUAAUGAAAUUUUUGAUCUUCUGGCCAAAGACAGUUGUGGAAAAGUAUUUGGCGUCAAACGCGAUGUUGUCACAACCAGAGAAGGAAAGAGCGAUGUUCCAUUGCUUACGCAUGUGACUGUUGAAAAUGCAUCCGAAUUUUUGCAUCUAGUCAACAAAGGCCUGCAGCUGAGAGUCAAGCACCCAACACUGGUACAUGCUCAUUCCUCUCGUUCUCAUCUGGUAGUUACAUUGACCAUAACCACAGUUGUCUCUGGAGAUAACUUUGGUACUUCAUGGGAAGACGAACAAACCACUCAGAGACUAGACAAAGAGGCUUCCUGCACCUUUCCACAAAAAAGGAGAGAGAAUAAAUCAACCUCUUCUUCCAGAGCCUCUUCACCAGCACAGCUUGAAGCAACCGAGAAAAUGAAGCAAGUCAAAACUAGAUUGCAACUGGUGGACCUGGCUGGUAGUGAGUGUGUUGGUAUGUCUGGAGUGACGGGCACAGCACUGAGAGAGACCUCAUUUAUUAACCGCAGCUUGUCUGCCCUAGCAGACGUUCUCGGAGCAAUCGCAGAACAGCGAUCUCAUGUACCGUAUCGAAACAGCAAACUCACACAUCUGCUGCAGGACUCCCUAGGGGGUGAUGCUAAGCUGUUGGUGAUGCUGUGCAUAUCUCCUAACCAGAAGUACUUAACAGAAUCAAUGCAGUCUCUGGGCUUUGGAACUCGUGCUCGGCAAGUUCAGAGAGGACAAGUCAAGAAGAAGAACUUCCCAGUGCUGAGUAAAGCAAAAUAA